AUGCACGCCGCACUGUUUUCUUUCUUUGUUGCUGUCUUCUUUUCGGUUUUCGCUCGGGCAGCACCAGUAACAACUCAACCAGUUGAACUCCUGGUCUUCAGUCCUACCAUUACCUCCCCUACCGCUGGUAUUGUUUGGAUCACCAACACAAAGGCGAAUGUGACUUGGUUAACGAGCAAUAUCCCUGCUGAAAAGCAGAACACAACUGGUCUUCUUCUGUUGGGCUACGAAGCCAACAACUCGGAGAACUUGGACAUCUAUCACCCACUUGCCUCUCAGUUCCCUCUCGCUCAAGGCUGGGUAGAGUUCACGGUCCCAAGCAACUUGACCUACAAGAACAAUUAUAUCGUUGUCCUUUUCGGUGACUCCGGGAAUGCCAGUCCCCAAUUUACUAUCACUCCCAACAACGCCACCCAAUCCUAAGCACGGAUAUUCUCUCGCAUGACUAUGGACUCAUGACUACGGACUACCGAUGAUCCUUCUCAGCUAGCCUGAUUAUUUUGUACUGCUAUGGACAGUAGCCUGGUGCUUUGAUAGAGCUUAUAGGUAAAACUUUACCUCACUAGCAGAUCCUCACAAACGGACAAUAUAUUCGACCUUUUUCUUUGAUCGCAAUGCUGGAUUCUCUAUUAAGCCGAAUUAAGGUGAACAGAUGGGCAG